AUGCCCCACUAUUCCCCUUUCAACACCAUCCUCCCAUUGCUCGAUAUCACCAUUACUCAACAUUACCCAUUGCCCACCACUACGCAUCACUACCCGCGACUUCGCACCACUCCCACCAGGCUGGCCAUUCUCCCCUUCCACGUCCCCACCAUACCCACCAUCCCGAUGAGGGCACCAGGCUCAGAAACGGGCAGCUCCCUGACCUUCAUCUGGCGCACCGAUCUGAAGCCGCUCCUCCUGGCAAUCGAGGGCGCGUCGGCCCUUCCCCUGAUAGGUCUCUUCCUCGUUGCAACGCGGCUGUGCUUCCACGGCGCAGCGUUGACGGAGAAGUGCCGCAAUAUUCCGGCUCUUGUGAACCAGAUCCCCGGUGACGCCAUCAACCCAGAGAGGCAGUACUUGGUCCGCUUCAUCACCGACAGCGCUGCGGGAUUCAUCCUCAAGGGUGUGACGCUCACGCCGGCCACCUUUCAACGCCAGGCUGGGGCUUUGUAA